AUGACGAGUGCUGUAGCCAUUGUGUUCGUUUCAAUUGACCCCAGUUUGAUUGUUCUGGAUGUGCUAGGUGCCUUCCACGCCAAAGGUGACGUGGCGUUGAUUGGCUCCAGACUCACAGUUCGCAACGCUUCAACCGGCCGCAUGCUGCCGAUGCUGAGGCUUGAGUCUGUUUUGCGAGUGCUACCAUGUGCUGCCACCGUGGCGCUGUUGGUGUGCAGGCAAAUGAGAGAGAAUGGCACUUUCCUUUCCCACAAGCACUGGCCGCGGCGUCUCGGCAAAUUUCUUCCCCUUGAGGUCCCCUCAAAGACUCCCAGACCGAGACAGAACUGUGUUGCUCUUCAGCACAGCCUGACUGUGGAGCGUUGCCUUGCCCAGGGUGACUAUGGGCGGCUGCGCAUUUGUGAAAGGAAGAUUUCAACUGCAUCAGGCAAGCAUCCCUCAAAGCUUGCAAGCAGACUGUGGCUACAUCCUGAGAGGCUUCUGCGGUUUUUGAGGACUGCCACGCGGAUCUGGGAGGCUUCCCGUCUCCCUCAUGCCGCAAAGAAUUGUCAUUCUGAACAUCUGGUUGUUGCUGCUCGAAUUGCCAGGUGGACGGCAUGUCAGCAUGAAAUAGCCGGUAGAAUGGUCGAUGAUUGUUUGCAGACGUUCGUUCCGUGCAUUUUUGACUACCUGACAUCUCGAUUUCUUCUCUUGUCCUCUUCUAUCUUCUUGUCUCGGCUCCUAAGACCUGACUUUGUAGUUUCCCGGACUUAA